AUGUCCUUCACAAACAGUUCGUUAAUGGGGUUUCUCCUAUUACUCUCUUUCUCUCUCAUCGUUUCUCUGUCAUCUGGAGCCGACACAAUCACUGCAAAUCAAUCUAUUUCCGGCGAUCAAACAAUCAGCUCGAAAGAUGAAAAUUUUGAAUUGGGGUUCUUCAAAGCAGGUAAUUCUUCAAACUAUUACAUAGGUAUAUGGUACAAAAAAGUUUCCACAAAAACUAUCGCUUGGGUAGCAAACAGAGAAACACCUGUUUCCGAUAGAUUCACAUCUGAAUUGAAAAUCAUUGAAGGUAACUUAGUUUUGUUAAACGAGUCAAAAUCCCCAAUUUGGUCAACAGGACUCAAUUCGUCUUCCUCUUCUUCUUCUUCUUCUUCUUCCAAUUCGAAUUCUGUAAUUGCUGUUCUUCUCGAUGAUGGAAACUUCGUAUUGCGAAAUGGGUCGAACUCAAUUGAACCCAUUUGGCAAAGCUUCGAUUUUCCAGCUAAUACUUGGUUACCUGGUGCUAGAAUCUCGUACAAUAACAUAACAGGAAGGAAACAGCUUUUAACUUCAUGGAAAAGCAUGGAAGAUCCAGCAGAAGGAUUGUUUUCCUUAGAGCUUGAUCCAAUUGAGAAACAGUAUUUGAUUAAAUGGAACAGAACAACACAAUAUUGGACGAGUGGACCAUGGAAUGGCCGAAUCUUUAGCGGAGUUCCUGAAAUGAGAUCGAAUUACAUCUACAAUUUCAGCUACGUUUCAAACAUAAACGAAAGUUAUUUCACUUACUCUUUGUAUAACCCUUCAAUCAUAUCAAGAUUCGUAAUGGAUGUUUCUGGUCAAAUUAGGCAAUUAUCAUGGCUAGACACAACUAAACAAUGGAAUCUCUUUUGGUCUCAACCAAGAACACAAUGUGAAGUUUACGACUUUUGUGGCGCAUUUGGAUCAUGUAGACAAAGUGGUUUACCAUUUUGCAAUUGCUUAACAGGUUUCAAUCCCCGAUCACAAUCCGAUUGGGAUCUGAGCGAUUUUUCCGGUGGGUGUGUGAGAAAAACAGUCGUACAAUGCGGAAGAACAUCGGAAAAAUACGGGUUUCUCGAAAUUUCAUCUUCAAUCGCUCGAAAGCCACCGAAUUCGACUUCUUUACCUCUUUCAAGCUCAACUGAAUGCAAGAACACAUGUUUGAAUAGCUGUUCUUGUAACGCUUACUCUUAUGAGAACAACGCAUGUUCGAUUUGGGAUGGAGAACUCUUGGAUCUUACAGAAAAUAGCAACGAGGUGAUGAUUUAUGUUAAAGUCGCUUCGAAAGAUCUUCCUAGUAACAAGAAAAACAAUGCGGUUAUCAUCGGUGGGGUUGUUGGGUCUAUUGUACUUGUUGUCUUUAUCUUGGGUUUUGUUUUAUUUUUAAUUUAUAGAAAAAAAAUGAAAAAUCCCGGGAAAACAUCGGUUGAGGGGUCGUUGAUUUCGUUUGUGUAUCGCGAUUUACAAUCCGCAACAAAAAAUUUCUCGGAAAAACUUGGAGGUGGUGGGUUCGGUUCGGUUUUCAAAGGUACGCUGUCUGCAGAUAACAGUGACGUGGCAGUCAAAAAGCUGGAAAGUGUUAGUCAAGGAGAAAAGCAGUUUAGAACCGAAGUGAGUACAAUCGGGACAAUUCAACAUGUGAAUCUUGUACGUCUUCGUGGGUUUUGUUCGGAAGGUAGUUAUAAACUAUUGGUCUACGACUACAUGCCAAAUGGAUCUCUAGACGCGCAUCUUUUUAAAGACGAAAAGUGUCUUAAUUGGAAAACAAGGUUUCAAAUUGCUCUAGGAAUAGCUCGAGGGUUGGUUUAUCUUCAUGAGAAAUGUCGCGAUUGUAUCAUUCAUUGUGAUAUAAAGCCCGAAAACAUUCUUUUAGACAAUGAUUUGUGUCCAAAAGUUGCGGAUUUUGGUCUUGCGAAGCUUGUGGGGAGGGAUUUUAGUAGGGUUUUGACAACAAUGAGGGGGACACGAGGGUAUUUAGCACCCGAAUGGUUAUCGGGAGUUGCCAUUACAAUGAAAGCGGAUGUUUAUAGCUAUGGAAUGAUGGUUUUUGAGUUGAUAAGUGGGGUGCGUAAUUCGGAACAUUCUAGAAAGUUUUUUCCCAUGCAUGCGGCGAAUGUUCUUAUAGGGGGUCAUGAUGAUGUUCUUGGAUUAUUGGAUCCUAAAUUGAAUGGGGAAGCGAAUGUUGAAGAAGUUAUGAAACUUUGUAAAGUUGCUUGUUGGUGUAUACAAGAUGAUGAAGAAAGUCGUCCUGCAAUGAGUCAAGUUGAACAGAUUCUUGAAGGGGUUUUGGAUGUGAAUAUGCCUCCGAUGCCUCGAUCUUUACAAUUGCUAAGAGUGAUUCCUCAUCUUGAAAGAAUCAUUAAAAGAAGUGGAGGAUGAGCCUUCGUGAUCAAAGGUGGGUUGUUCGGUUUGGUGUAAGAUGGUCCCGUCUAGUUAAGGCUAGGAAAACGAUGAAGACUAAGACUGAAUUUAUUAUGUUUGCAAGGACAAAAACCAUGUGAAAGAGAAAUAAGUAUUAUGUAUGUCUUUCCUUCAAAUGAAAAGGGUGUCAUCCUUUAUUAGUUUAAUUAGCCUAAAGAAGAUACCGAAACCCUAAGAUGGAAACACCAAAAAUAAAAGUUGGCGUGC